CCGAGGCUCGACCGCUCGAGCCCCCGACCCCAAUCCCGCCCUCCGCUUCUCAUUCCUGCGCCGCCGCCCUCCUCCCUCACCGGAUCCGCGCCCAGCCGCCCUCCAGCAGGCGCCCAGGCGGCCGCGGCACCACGCGCCCGCGCCCCGAGACGCCCCAGGGCUCCCCAGCAACCGCCGCGCUUUGCUCCCUCCGGCCAUCCCCGUCCCAUUGCGGCCGCCGCUUCCCUCCACCGAGCUCGACGGCGGUCGGCGGCCCCUCAUCUCCCCUCCCUUCCCCGGCCUCCCCUACACCGCCGGGCGCCGGCACCACCGCUGCGGCCACCCGCACUGCGCCGCGCGUGCCUGCUGGGCGUUCACGGUUCACCCCUCCCCCGUCAUUUCUGCUUCUUUUCGCCGUUCCCUUCUCUCCCAGUCUCUCUCGGUCUUCCUUUCCUGGUGGCGGCGACUGGGCGAGAGGCGGCGCAAUUCGGUCUUCGCCGGGCCAUUUGCCGGCGACGAGCGCCCACGAGAUAUUAAGGAUGGAUGAAGUUACACAAGCUGUUGAAAAUCUGAAGAAAGAAUGGAGCCAAGCGGUUUCACAGCUUGAGGAGAGCAUUGCUACAAUCAAAUCAUGUGGAAAAACAGGGAAAGGGACAGAGGAAGCAAAUUCUCUUCCACGGUUGAAUGGUUCUGCGCAGGAUGCUCUGCAAUUGCUCAAGUCACUGCAGUUUCGGCUUGAUCUUCUAGCGCAGCAGCUACCUACUUUUGAAGAAGUGCAGUCUGGCCAAGCAACCUUAGAGUCAUGGGAUGAACAAUACAAGAAGCUGCGUGCUAGUCUGAGGAAUGCUAACUUACAAGCUAAAGAGAACAUUAGAAAAGCUGCUCAAGAGGAGAGGGAGCUUCUUCUUGGGGGUGGAGAAGAGUCUACUAUCCGCAGGCGUAAUCUUCAGACAAAGGCUGGGAUGACAUCUGCUGCUGAAAGUAUCACUGAGAGCCUCCGACGGUCUCGCCAGAUGAUGGUUCAGGAAGUGGAAAGAAGUGCAAGUACCUUGGCAACGUUUGAUGAAUCAACAAGUGUUCUCCGGAAGGCUGAAGGUGAAUAUCAAGGACACCGCUCUUUGCUGAUGCGUACCCGUGGUUUGCUCUCCACGAUGCAACGGCAAGAUGUUCUUGAUAGGGUCAUCCUGACUGCCGGCUUUAUCAUUUUCUCCUUGGCGGUUCUCUAUGUUGUUUCAAGACGUAUUGGUCUGUUGACGCUGCAAAGGAAGCUGGCUGAUGCCGUCAGAUCAGGUUCAUUAUCAGCUGAGGACAUCGUAGCAAAAGCCCAGCCUGGACCUGCUGCAACCAAUGUUCCAGCUCCCGCUCCUCCCAUUUAUGAUGAACUGUGAUUCACUUUUGACCAUGGUUUUAUACAUUGUAUCCAGAUUCCAGAAGCAACUGUUAAGAUGUACGCUGGCGAGUUUGGGAAGGUACGCUCCACUGGCGGAAUGAAUUAGAUGUCCCACUGCAGUGUGGAAAAGUCUUCUUCUGAAUGAAGUUUAGUGCACUGACUUAAUUUUUUUUGGACAUUUAUUUAUACCACCAGCACCAAUAUGGUUCAGAUAGUAGUUUGAUUCAGAUGUAUAAUUAUCCCAUCCCUCUAUCCAAGUUGGAUUUUGGUGGUCUA